GAACUUUAUUGUUCCGCUGGGAAACAAGGAGUUACGAGGGAACGUGAAUGCGUCACCGUUACUCCCCUACUGGGCUCGCAGAGAAGCUAAACCGACAGCCACAUACCGACACUGACAGAUUCAGAUUUAACAACAACGACCUGUCUAAACCGAGUCAACCUGAAGGGAGCGGAGGAUACGGGACACCAGACUUGUCUGGGCAGGCGUGGCGUUGUUGUUCUGGCGUCUUAACAGCAGCACCGUUAGCUGGCUAAGCUAGCAGGCAGAGCUAACGACAGUUGGCUGAAAGUCCUGCUCCGGUAAGAAUGACUGGCCUGCCAUGUUUACUCCCUUCUUUUUUCACAUUUGGUGAUCAUAUUUAAGUAAAAUGACUAACUCUAGCUUAGCAAAGCCACUUAAAACUGUCUUUUUUACCGAAAGGGGUUAACAGUUGUUGUUUUCAGGGAGAGCUGGAUCUGUCAGAUUUAAGAUCAGCCUCUUUAGCUCUGUCUGGUGCAUUCAAUGUAAAAGCUUAGGAGGAAAGAAUAGCUUUGCUGAGACAUUUUCUACUGUAUUAUUAGUUCAUAGCCAUUCAUUAAAGAUGUUAUAGUGCAGCAGGUUUUCAAAGAGAAGUGCCUAACUAAAAAUCUGACUUGUGUUUGUGUUUAACAGCUGAGGGAAAUCCACUGCAGGCUGCUGGAUUUGUCAGAUCCAGUUAUGUGAGCUGCUCUGAUGUGUGGACUUGCAAAAUCUUACAGCUCUUGGUUGAGGCAGCUUUCAAGCUGGUCUGGAGGCCCUUCCUGUUACACCGAGGUGAACAUCUGAUUUGGCUGAACAGGUGUAUGCUGGCCUGGAGCUAAGCCCCAAGUCCCCUUGAGAAGCCUCCCCCCUGCAGCACCACUAUGCCUCUAGGUUUGGGAAGAAGGAAGAAGGCCUCCCCCUUAGUGGAGAAUGAGGAAGCGGAGCCUAUCCGUGCCGGUCUCAAUGUGCCGGGCAUGGAUGGUCUAGAUGGAGGAGUGGUCGGUUUGGGAGAGGGCGCCACAUCUGAGGGUCUGCCUCCUCCACCCAGCAGCAUGCGCCCUCGCCUCAUCUUCCACACUCAGCUCGCUCACGGCAGCCCCACAGGUCGUAUCGAGGGCUUCAGUAACGUGCGGGAGCUCUACGCCAAGAUCGGAGAGGCCUUUGGGAUCCCGGCAUCUGAGGUGAGUCAUCGUGAUGAGUGUAAAUGCAGGUAUGCUUCAGCUCACUAUGAGAGAGAACAUUGUGUUUACUCUUCUUUGUUUGUGUUCUGUGUGUUUCACAGGUCAUGUUUUGCACAUUAAACACUCACAAGGUAGACAUGGAUAAACUGUUGGGGGGUCAAAUCGGGCUAGAGGACUUUAUUUUUGCCCACAUUAAAGGUCAGCGAAAGGAAAUCGAGGUUUAUAAAGGAGAGGAUGCUUUAGGAUUGACCAUUACCGAUAAUGGAGCCGGCUACGCUUUCAUCAAGGUGAGCAGCUUUAAAACGGCACGCUGGAUUGAUUUCUUUUGGAAAUGCAUGGCCAUGGACUCUAACGGGAGAUGAGCAGACUUGACGCGUGUUGGAUUCAUUCUUUGAUUUUCUGUCUUCCAGAGAAUCCGAGAGGGCAGCAUCAUCCACCAGAUCCAGGUCAUCAAUGUGGGCGAUAUGAUCGAGUCGAUAAAUGGCCAUCGCCUGAUUGGGUGUCGACACUACGAGGUCGCCAAGAUGCUGAAAGAGCUGCCCAAAGGGAAGGAGUUCACCAUCAAGCUUACAGAGCCUCUGAAGGCCUUUGGUAGGAGUGAGAGGAGGAGAAGACGGGCAGAUGUGUGAUAUUUGUUAGUUUAUAUCAACAAUAAGGACUGUAAUUGGAGUUUUCUCUUAAUCUUUGUGUGCAGAUAUGAUCAGCCAGCGAUCCGGAGGCUCUAGAUCGGCAUCCGGGGUUCAGCUGGGGACCGGCAGAGGAACUCUCCGACUACGCUCUAAAGGUCCUGCGACAGUGGAGGAGCUGGUACGUGCGUUUGCAACACCCGUGGACUAAUAUUAGGCAUCUAUACACUUGAUUGUGUUUAAUUAAACUUAUGUGUUGGACUUCUUUUCACUGCAGCCGUCUGCGUUUGAGGAGAAGGCCAUAGAGAAGGUGGACGACCUGCUGGAGAGCUACAUGGGCAUCAGAGACAGUGAGCUGGGUAUGUGUGCUGACUGGUUUUUGGCCCGCUUUAUGUGCUGUUAAAGAUACUAUAAUCUAAAUGAAAAAAGUCCAAUAAAUACUAGGGCUGGGCAAUAAAACGAUAAUGUUAUAUAUCGAAAAUGAAUUUCCCCCGAUAUCGAUAUAAAACAUGGUGAAUAUACUUCCUUAAAGUUGGCAGAUUGUGUGUUGUUGCGCCUUCAGAUUCACCGGUAUAUCCAACAUGGCCGACCGGCUGAUUGUUUACGUGUCGGAGAACAGAGUGCUUCUUGAUAAAAAACACAAAUAUUACAAAGAUAAUGACGUGAAGGACAACUUGUGGAGAGUCAUAGCGUCGAGUUUCUCAUAUGGCCGACCGGCUGAUUGUUUGUGUGCUUUAAUAGUUUGCUAAACAUCUUUGUUUUAACUUUCAUCUGUGCUAACGUAAGCUAACGGUUGUUACCUUUUGUUUAUGGAUUAUAGUUUAAUGUGUUUAUCUGGUACUGGCCCCGACUCAGUACAUACUAUCAUGACAGACAGCCAUCUCAACACUAGUGUCUAAUCAGAACUGUAAAACAGUCAGUCUGCUGUUGUGUCAGUUUUCUCGCUUCCACCGGGGACGUGUCUUUUUUCCCCCUCGGAGAGUCACAAAAUCGCAUCGGGCUUGAUGUGUAUAGUCGGGCGCGCCAAAAUUUGCCUCUGAAUAUUUCGUAAUUUCGCGUUCUAUAUUUGCGUCGGCCCCGGUGUGUAAGGACCUUAACAAACAUUUAAGAUUAACAAUUGAUUUCUUUUAUAUUGUGAUCGAUAUCGACUAAUGAAAAAAAGAUAUUGUGAUAAACUUUUUCCCAUAUCGCCCAGCCCUACUAAUAAAUACUAAUAAUAUUGGCCUGAUUCAAGCACAAGUCUCAGAGCUCCUUUUAAACACCAACAUGUCUAUUUUUGGCCAAUUUCAACAUCCCCUGUUCUAACUUAAGGAUCUCUCACCUUUCUCUCUUCAGCGGCGACCAUGGUGGAGCUGGGCAAAGACAAAAAGAACCCCGAUGAGUUCGCCGAGGCUUUAGACGAAACCCUGGGAGACUUCGCUUUCCCGGAUGAGUUUGUCUUUGACGUCUGGGGUGCCAUCGGCGACGCUAAGGUCGGGCGGGUUUAACCACAAACACUAACGGAGUAGAACAACCUGUGUGUGUGUGUGCGUGCGUGCGUGCCACCCACAGCAUUCAGCACUACUAAGGAAAUACCACACUACCGUCAUGAGUUUGUUUUGAUUCCAGUGUAUACUCCUACAGUUUUUAAUUUAGAGUGCACUCUGCUGGGAGACUCUGCCUACACUCGGAGAAGAAUGGCAGGGACCGGGAGAAGAAUUGACUGUGAUGACUUCCCAAGUGCUUUUUUUUUUUUUUGUCUUCCGGCUAUUUCCAGAAACUACAAGCACGCUGACGAGCAUUUCCCUUUGACCGCAUCACAUGACCCUGCAUGUCAUUGUUGUAGUUCGCCGGCAGUGGAACAAAACAAAAACAGCACAAGUCUCCAGUACAGGAGGAGCAGAAGACGACAGCUAACACAAAGUAGAUCUUUGACACUUAGCGAAAAAGAAAAUGUGAUUUUAUUCCUCAAACGUUGCACUGUGUCGCACUGCGCUGUAGACCAAGGACAGGAUCGAGCACUGUGCCUCACCCUGGUGAGCGACACGGCUACCGCAAAGCUUCCUGAGUGACGGUUUCAUCCUGAACCACUCGAUGUUGCUGUUCUUGAUGCGUUUUACAAGCAUGUGCUGUUCUAUCUUUAUCUUCUCAAUGGACUCUGUUUUAUCUUCUUUUUAUUCGUUUAAGGAGAAAAGUGAAAGGCUCAUAGUGAAGUGUAGCUCGCUGACUAAAAAGACCAAUGGUGUUCGCUCACCGUUAACACACUCCAUGCUGUAAUGAAAUUAACUGCAGCACAUUUUUGUCUUACUUUCGUAUGUUUGAUGUUACAGGAAAUCAGUGUUAAUGUACUUUUUUUUAUUAUUAUUAUUAAGGGUCAUUAUGUGAGAACAAGAAGCAGACUGGUCUCAAAGUUCAUGGAGUGUCUUGACUUAUUUUUUUUUAUAGCUAGUGUUUUUAUAUCAAGUGAUGUGACGUCUAUUUGAAAACAGUGUUUGUGUAACUGAUGAGGAACCUGAUCUUCAGAGUUUUGGCGCAUUACAGGAGGCAGUAUUAAAGAGGACAGAGCCAUGAGACCAGGGGGGAGAAAGCAGAAACAGGGAGAGAGUUUGGGACAAGAUGCCUUCGUUUUUUUCUCAUUUUAUGCAUUUUUACGGUUUUUGUUGGGAGUCUAUGUUCUGGGAAUCACUUCUCCUGCCAGUGGGAGCAGAAAAAGUUCCAAACGUCUCUCAAACUCGUCGCAGUGACUUGUGGAAGCGAUGUUGCACCGACCGCUCAAUGUAGGCAAACACAUUCUCAGAAACCUUUUAGUGUUAAUAACCUUUUAAGUAUAUCCAAAUGUAUGAAGCUAUUUUGUAGUUUUGUUUCUUUUUCUUCAGAGUUGAUGAAUAUCUCUUUGGGUCAUGUAAAGAAGCUGAUGCUAGAUCACUGUAACACUGAGAAGAUCAUGUUCUUUUGAUGGCUUUGUAUUACACUGUUAUCAUUGUCCAAUUAUAAUGCAAUAGUAACACUGACACCGCA